GUCGCUGACUGUGGGAACAUACUAAUUAGAAUGACCAUAGAGAAUAAUGGAAAUGUAAUAUUUGAAGUAGAGAGAAAACUAUUUUGCAUAUCUAAUGAAGAAUUAUCAGACAUAAUCUCUAAACUCUAAAGGGGAUUAUUACAUUUUCAGAUUAUGUGGGAUGAUCACUGAUUUCUGCAGAAUGACAAGAAGGGGCAGAAGGAUGGACAAGGACAGGAAUGAGAUGACUAAGAGAAUAUUACACUUCACCUUGGAGAUCCUCCACCUGCUGACCGGAGAGGAUUACACCAUAGUGAAGAAGACAUGGGGGGAGUGUGUGGCCCCUAGCAGCUACAUCCAUGAGUCAGGAGGACGGAGCAGGGCCCGGGGCCCCAUCACAGAGCCUCCACCUCACUCACUGAUCCAUGAGGAGAAGAUCCUAGAACUCAUCCACAGGAUCACUGACCUGCUGACUGGAGAGGUUCCUAUAAGGUGUCAGGAUGUGGCGGUCUAUUUCUCCAUGGAGGAGUGGGAGUAUGUAGAAGGACACAAGGAUCUGUACCAGGACAUAGUCAUGAUGGAGGAUCACCGGCCCCUCACAUCACAAGAUGGAGUCAUUGAUAGAAAUCCACCCGAGAGGUGUCCCUGUCCUCUGUAUUCCCAGGACUGUCCAGAGGGAAAUGUCCCAGAGAAGAAUCAGGGGGGAGAUCUGACUAAUAAUAAAGUGGAGGAUGAAGAAGAGAGGAUGAGGGGCCAUCACCCGUGUAUGAGGGAAGUGAAGGAGGAAAUUCCAGGAGGUGUUGUCCCAGAAAAUCCCAGUAAGAAUUCUGAGGGAAACUUCAUGUUAUCCCUGAAUGAUAAAGGAGAAGAUGAAGAUAUGAUGGAGCGCUCCUCAGGAGAAGACCUCCUUACCCCUAAUGUCCAUCCAGAUCUAUCCUAUAAUAAUCCACCUGAUCAUGAGGAACCUUCUCCUGACCAACCACACAUUGUUACCACAAGGACAGAUCAGGAAGGGGGGAAAAGGAUUCAAUGUGAUGAAUGUGGAAAAGAGUUUACUAAAAGAUCAGAUCUUGUUAUGCACAGAAAAAGUCACACAAAAAAUAAGCUGUAUGUGUGUUCAGAAUGUGGAAAAUGCUGUAAAAGUCAAUCACAACUUAUUAUACAUGAGAGAAUUCAUACUGGAGAGAAGCCAUAUUCAUGUUCAGAAUGUGGGAAAUGUUUUAUAAGUAAAUCAGAUAUUUCAAGACAUGAGAGAAUCCACAAAGGAGAGAAGCCAUAUUCAUGUUCAGAAUGUGGUAAGUGUUUUAAACAAAAAACAAACCUUGUUAUACAUGAGAAAAUCCACACAGGAGUGAAGCCAUAUUCAUGUUCAGAAUGUGGAAAAUGUUUUACAAGAAAAUCAGAGCUUGUUAUACAUGAUAGAAUUCACACAGGUGAUAAGCCAUAUUCAUGUCCAGAAUGUCGGAAAUGUUUUAAAAGUAAAUCCGAGCUUUUUGUACAUGAGCGAAUUCACACUGGAGAAAAGCCAUAUUUAUGUGUAGAAUGUGGUAAAUGUUUUACAAUUAUAGCACAUCUUUCAAAACAUGCGAAAAUUCACACAGGUGAGAAGCCAUAUUCAUGUUCAGAAUGUGGCAAAUGUUUUAUAGGUAAGUCAGAGCUUGCUGUACACGAGAGAAUUCACACGGGAGAGAAGCCAUAUUCAUGUUCAGAAUGUGGUAAAUGUUUUACAACUGUAUCACAUCUUUCAAGACAUGCGAAAAUUCACACAGGAGAGAAGCCAUAUUCAUGUUCAGAAUGUGGUAAAUGUUUUAUAGGUAAGUCAGACCUUGUUAUACAUGAGAGGAAUCACACGGGAGAGAAGCCAUAUUCGUGUUCAGAAUGUGGAAAAUGUUUUACAAAUAAAUCACAUCUUUCAAAACAUGCGAAAAGUCACACAGGAGAGAAGCUAUAUUCAUGUUCAGAAUGUGGGAAAUGUGUUAGGAAUAAGUCGGGGCUUGUUAUACAUGAGAGAAUUCACACAGGAGAGAAGCUGUAUUCUUGUUCUGAAUGUGGGAAAUGUUUUAAAACUAAAUCACAAAUUUCAGAACAUAAUAGAAGUCACACAGGAGACUGAUAGGCAAAUUAAGUAAUCAUAAAAAUAUAAUAAUAUGGAGAAUGGAAAUCUGAGAUCUCAGGUAACAGUAAAAUGUGAUGUUUAUAAGUUCUGUUGUGAGAAUUAACCCUCGAAUAAACUUCAUAAUGAAACCUAAGCAGAAGCUAAAGCCAUCAUCCUCUCUUGGUCAUCAGCACCUGGGGUCAUGUGACCUUUGUAGGUAAAUAACGGUAAUGAGAAGUAAUAUGUAAUGCUAUUGUGUAUCAUUUAGUAGUGACUUGUAGCUCUACACUACAGUAUGAUUGGAUGAUUUCUAUGGAUGAUAAUGAUUGGUGAUUACUAUGUAUUACCUCGGCCUCAUUUCCAUUAGAAAUAUUACUGAUUGUAUCUCAUGUGUCACUUCUGUCCUAUCAGGAUCAGGACACUUCUGUGUUGUCACCAAUAACCCUUAGGCCGGGGUCACACACAGGAUUUUGGUCAUAUUGUGUUAGAAUUCUUCUUAUAAUGGGAUUAGUCAUGUGAUGCGGUGUUAUUAGUGUGUAUGGGGUGUGAUGUCUUCUCUGAUUUACAGAACUGUACAGCGACUGACGUGGUCUGAUACAAUUCUGUAAAUGGAGGAGCAGACUGAUCAGUAUGGACC